AUGGGCUCCGGCUUAUUCGCGACCGCCGCCAUUGAUGCCGGACAAGAGAUCUACAACUUAAACCCCAUCUUCAAGACUCUAGAUGCCGGCCCGGGCCACGAGUCGUUCUGCCACUACUGCUCCGAGGACGCACAGGACGUGCUGGGCAAGGACUCCAAGCCCGUCGCCCAAACGAAGGCCUGCACGGGGUGCGAUGUUGCCAGGUUCUGCUCUAAAAAAUGUCGGAAGCAGGCAUGGACCCUCUUUCACAGAGACGAGCGCAGAAUCCUCGAGAGAGUGCCGAAAUGUCAGCUCAGACCCUGCUGGCGCACCGCGUGA